GGUUCAGUACCAAUCCAUUAAUCAAUUAUACAGAACACGCCUCUUCCUAAUCCUUCCCUACCAUCAAUCUCCCAAAGCCUGAAGCGCCAUCUUCAUUUUCCAUCAUUAAUUCUUCUUCAUUAUCAUCAUGAAGCAAAAGAUGGUGAUCAGGCUCUCUGUGCACGACGAGAGGUCUCGAUCCAAGGCAAUGAGGACAGCAGUUGGAGUUGAUGGGGUGGAUUCAGCAAGUCUGCCACUGGACAAGGACCAAAUUGAAGUAACAGGAAAUGAUGUUGAUGUGGUUUUGCUCACAACACUUCUCAGAAAAAACGUCAAGCGUGCUGAAGUCGUCAGUGUGAGCCCUGUCAAAGAGGAGGAGGAGAAGAAGGAGGAGAAGAAGGAGGAGCCUAAAGUUGAGAAGAAGGAGGCGCCUAAAGUUGAGCAAAUCAUCUUCGGAUGUCCUCAGACUUACCCAUGCCAGUGCCCGCCAUAUAUAUGUACGUACCAGUGCUAUGAGCCAAGCCCCAGUUGCUCCAUUCUGUAAUAAUAGAUGAAUGUUAGACCCAAGAGAUCAUACCCUUCAUUCCAACAGUGAUUUAGAUUAAUAAUUUAGUAUGAUGGUACUACAUAUAUGGUUCCCUUCGAUGAAAUAUCGACCAUGGUUUCAUACCAGUUGGCUUCAUAUCGAUCAUGACUUACCCAGUUGCUUCA